CUGAUCCUACUGCACACCUCACCUCACACCUCAGAGCAGGCACCUGCACCUAUAAUCUCUAACCAUCCACAACCAUCGCAAAUCAACAAUCACCAGACGAACUCAGUAAGCUACCUGGGCAGAGCGGUCGAUUGGCCCUGUAUAAGUGGAGGGCGUUUACAGGAUGUGAGGGGGGCCAAAGUGCUGGAUCAGUGAAAACCGAGAGGACCUGCAUCCCAUCCCAUCCCAUCCCUGCCAGUACCUGGACAACUUCAGCCAUCCUCAUCGUCAAAACGUGUCCUUCUCUAGAAAACAGCACUCCAAUCAAACAAAGUAAUAGAAAUAUGCGGCAUAAUGAAAUAGGUAUUGGGAUUUCUCAGAUUCAAUAGUCUAUGCAUGAAUGCAUAUGUCAUAUACACAACAGUGCCAUCACAUUUCAUGGAUUUCUGAGGCACUUGAGGGGCAAACAUUUUUAAAUAGGCUAACUGGGUGGAAAACAUAUGUAUGGAAAGAAAAACGGACACAAUAUCAACAGGGCUGAUGCCAAACUCACAGAUUAUCAUCACAUUCAAAUUCAAAAAACCAGAAACCCGACAAGAGGCUGCAGAGAUCCUCGGGGACUAGGUUAUAUGAAAAGUGCAGGUCUUGCAUAAUUUAUUGAGACAACUGUAAUCUAUCCAUCCGUGUGUCCGUGUGUAUGGCUUUGUGUACAGUCAUUGAUCAUGCCGUGAAUCCAGAAACUGCAGAUUUUACAGCGCAGAUGUCGCCGGAGCUUCACGUCCAAAUAAAGCGAUGAGUAGGAGCAGCCGCGCCGUUUUCCCUCUUGAGGUUGUGAAAAUGUUUGGACGAGGCGCGGCGCUCCGCCUGUAGUUGACGCUUUGCUUUACUGUACAAACUGUGGCUGUUUUUCACCCAAGUUGGGCCGAGGUGACCGAGAUCCCUGUUAGCUGCGGAUGUCCCUGACCAAUUCAAGCGUCUUUCUGCUCAACGAGGGUUCAGCCGAUUCCUACACUAGUCGACCCUCGGAUUCCGACCUGUCCCUGGAGGAGGACCAGGAGGCGUCUCGGCGUGAAGCCGAGCGCCAGGCUCAGCUGCAGCUAGAGAGAGCCAAGUCUAAACCAGUAGCAUUUGCAGUGAAAACUAAUGUGAGUUACUGCGGGGCCCUUGAUGAAGACUGUCCAGUCCAAGGUGCCGCUAUCAACUUUGAAACCAAAGACUUUCUGCACAUAAAAGAGAAAUACAACAAUGACUGGUGGAUUGGUCGGCUGGUGAAAGAAGGGGCAGACAUCACGUUCAUCCCGAGCCCAGUCAAACUAGACGCCAUGAGGAUAAAACAAGAGCAGAAAGCAGCAGCAAGGAAAGGAGGGAACGCUUCAUCCGGAGGCAGGUGGUCCACCCCACCAUCUGCAGCCAAACAGAAGCAGAAACAGACUGAACAUGUACCUCCAUAUGAUGUGGUUCCUUCUAUGCGGCCAGUGGUGCUGGUGGGCCCCUCUCUGAAAGGCUAUGAGGUAACAGACAUGAUGCAGAAAGCCUUGUUUGACUUCCUAAAGCACAGAUUUGAUGGCAGGAUCUCUAUUACACGGGUGACUGCUGAUCUGUCACUGGCGAAGCGCUCGGUGCUGAACAAGAAGCCCAUAAUGAACGCACGCCCCUGUCUAGCUGAGGUCCAGAGUGAGAUAGAAAGGAUCUUUGAGCUGGCCAAGUCUCUUCAGCUGGUCGUCCUGGAUGCAGACACUAUCAAUCACCCAGCACAGCUCCUCAAAACCUCUCUGGCUCCCAUCAUCGUCUACGUCAAAGUCUCCUCGCCUAAAGUUCUUCAGAGGUUGAUCAAAUCUCGAGGGAAGUCACAGAGCAAACACCUCAACGUCCAGAUGAUGGCGGGGGACAAGCUAGCUCAGUGUCCUCCUGAGAUGUUUGAUGUCAUCCUGGAUGAGAACCAGCUGGAAGAUGCAUGUGAACACCUUGCAGAGUACCUUGACAUUUACUGGCGCGCCACUCACCUCCCCUGUUCUGCCCCUGUCAACCCCCUACUGGACCAAAGCGUGAUCACCCCACCCUCAGCUAACUCCAGCCAACAGUUUUCUGAAACUCAAGAGUUGAUAGAAUGAUCACUACCACAGACAUAGGAGCAGCCUGUGCUGUCGGCUGGGGUCAGACUCAGAGGUCAUAGAGCACAGGGAUCAGGGCGCCACCAGGGGGCAGCAGCAGCCGCCCUCACCUCUCCACAGCCAGCCACCACCAGUACCAGUGCUGAUCUAUAGUGAGAGGAAGAGGAGGUUGGUGAGCUGGAGGACGAGGAGCAACAAAAACAAGGAGAGGAGCAGGAGGAGGAGGAAGAUAUGACCAGCACCACAACAGACAGAGGAGCCUCCACCUCACUGCUGCCCCCUCGGAAAGAGCUCCCUGCUCCCACCGCCACGCGACAACUCAGGGCCGCUUUCUACAGCUGCACGCCUACUGGUAACAAAAACCAGUAUAACAGUGCAGCCACUGCACGCCACCUUCCCUCACCCUGCUUCCCCCCCCGACCUUGUUCCCAACUCGGUGCUCUCACACUGAAAGUCACGUCCCCCACCUGGCAAAGCUGAGCCAGCCCAUGUGUGUUCAGACACCCAGAGGUGGACGUCCUAGACACAGAUAGGCUGAUUCAGCUCUCAUCAUAGACAAAUGAUUCACACCUGUGAAAUCAGGUAAUAUGAUAGCGUACAGUACUGUAGCAAAGCUGUCAGUAUAACACAAAACAUGAAUAUGAGAAGCUUCCCAGGGUUUCCUUUCUCUGCCCCUCUCCAAAGAGUUCAGAGAGUGACAGAAAACCAAUUCUGUAUGUCUUCCAUCUCUGUAGCUCUCUGUGAGCUGUGAUUCCAAUUUAACCAAAUGUUUUCUGAAAGGCACAAUAGUUUCUAACAGAGUCAACGUGGUGUCACCGGAGUUGGGACACACAUGGAAAAUGAAAACUUUUCUCUUCCUUUAUCACGUGCUUUCUUUCCUUGUUUAUGCAGUAGCCUUUUUUUAAAUUAUUCUUUCCAUUUAUUUUUUUUACAGUAACUAUCUAUAUUAAUAUCUAUAAUUCAUAUCUCAGCUCUCAGUAAAGCUGAUCACAUAUCUGUCUGCAACAGUAAUGCAAAACCCAUGCAUGACAAGCACAGAGUUGCACAUCUACAGUCUAUAUGCAUCUUUGUCACAGCUGUGAAUGUAUAAAUGCUGGUGUGUUGGCUUUGGGAGACGGUGGCAAAUCUCAUAACUAAAAUGAAAAUGCAAUUCAAUAGUAACCAGAGAAAACAAUGUGCUUCUUGAAAUCACUGAUAGUUUCCCAAGACAAGCAGGUAUAAAUUAUACAUAAAACAAAUCACCAAGUCACAUUUAGACUAAAAUAUGAUUAUAAUGAAUCAUAUUUCAUCAAUUCCACUACAGUAAUCAUGUACAGUAUGUCAAUUGCUGAACUGUAGGGUUGAAUUUUAUAUCCCAAAGAAAUUAAUUAAAAUUCUUCUCUCUGACACAAUGUGAUCCACUCAGAAAUAUAACUUGUAGCAUAACAACAUAAAAACAAAAAUAUACAACAUCUGGUGAUAUGAGUAAGGUUACUCCAAAAAGGGACAAAAUUAAGGCAUUUUUUCUGUCUCAAGCUUUCAGAUUUGGUACAUCUGGUAUUUAUUAGUUAUUGUUUCCUGACACCAAACUGUAAGACUUCAGCAAGGCCUCCGUCCUUUUCUGGAGUAACCAGAUGUUGUACAUUAUGUUUUUUAAACAAUAAUUGCUAUCAGCACCAAACACAUCACUGUAUAAUUUCCAAAGAUAAUAGAUGUACAGAUUAAUAAUGCAACUAAAUGUUGCUUCAACAUGUGUGCUUUAUAGGAUUCUUGGUGAUAUUAGCACUUAACUAAAAUAAACACAUCACUGUAACCCAGAUAGUCGGGAACAUAACUGCAUUUUAUUUAUUUUUUUUACUAUAUCAUAUUUACAUUUUAAACAUUAUUACUACUCAGUGUUGUAGUGGUAACUGGAGAAGUGGGUAGACUAAAGACUCCCAGUUUCAGUUUUGAGUUUAAGAACGCUGCACACUGUCUGUACACUCAAUUUUAGCUCCUAAAAAAUUAUUUGACUCAAAAAGGCAACAUUUCAACCCUACGGGGUGUUCAUCAGGGUGACUUUAGGUAUCAACUGAGCUUCAGGAGUUUGUUGCUCUGUGAAAAAGAAGUAGCCAUUUGUAUAAACCCUCUACUACACACUGUGCUAAUCCUAAUAAGCCCGAUAUAUUGUUUUGUUAUGUUUUGGCAUAAACAGUUAACAGCUAAAAAAUCAGUACAUGUAGGCUUGUAAGUACAUGGAGGGCGACCUCUGGUGGUAUAUUUAUGUUACUGAUGGUCUUGUAUCCACUGCUUAUUUAUCUGAUCAAUGCAAACAAACUGCCAGAUAUACAUUAAAUAUACAUCCACAUGAUUUUAGAAAAUGCACAACUUUCAGUCAUAAGAUUUGUUAAAUAUCUUGGCUGCAAAUAUCAAAAGCUUCCAUCCAAACUUUCCACAGCCACCAAUCAUCUCUCUUAUUUUUAUUUAAUAAUCAAUUUGCCUCCAUUUCACAUUGUAGGCCCACAAUGCAAUGAAUGCAUCUCAGAUUCUCACUUUAAUGCUUUUAUCAUGAAACUAUACAAUUCAGCUAACAUACAGUACCACAUUUGUAAAUAAUCUAAUGUACGUGCAUGACAUAUUGUAUUCCUGUUUCAUCAGAAGGGCUUUUUAGGACCAUCCUCACAUGAGCCGUUCACUCUUCAGAGUAAAUGACCUACAUAACCAAUCACAUAUAUGCAUUAUCAAGGCUUAAUUGUACAUACUGUAUAUUCAAUAUGCAGAUAUUAUUGCACAGAAAUGACAAAUGCUGACAGAAAGUAGAAGGGUUUUAGUCACAGCACAUAAUUCUACAGCACCAGUCAGAAAUUUGGACACACUUUCUCAUUCACUUGAAUGGGAAAGUGUGUCCAAACUUUUGACUGGUGCUGUGUAUUCAACGCCUCAGAAAGCAUGUGUUUAUAUGUAUUUUCCUCUCUUUUUAGAAUGAUGCACUGCAGUUAUUUAGGACCACCGUAAAGAUUGCUUCCACUGACACCCACAUUCAUUUCUGAAGGACCAGGUUUGAGAUGUAUAACUUCUACUUAAUGAAACACAGAGAACAAUUUACCUUCUUUCGAUUAAAAAAUAAAUAAAAAAAAAUCAGCUCCUCCUAUUUGCUUAAUUUUUAUUGCAGGAAAUUUAUACAAAAAUUCUUUGGACACCCAAAGCACAAUUUUUUAUAAUUAUCAUUUCUGAUUGCGUUUCACUUGCCUAAAUUCUGUAUGCAAUACAAAGUCUAGCAUUGACGAGACACUAGCUGAGACUAUCAAGAUACCUCCUCAGUUAUGAUGGGGUAUAGUUGCACUACUAUCAUUUAUAUGUCUGCUUUACGAUGCAAUAAAUGCACUAAACGUUUUGCUGUACCCACCUCCAAUACUGAACAAGCUGUCUGGUCUAAUGAUGAUGUCAACAUGUCCCGUGGUUUCUGAGAAGUCGACAAGAUGAACGAUGUCCAACAGUGUCUGAUGAUGACGUGUACAGGGUGCAUCUUUGUCAAUAGCACAUUUGAAAAAGGGGGUGAAUAA